GUUUCUUCUUCCACAAAACGGCGUUUUGUUGAAGGUUUUACAGCUUGGGAGAUCGAUCGGGAACAAUCCUUCAACUGACUCUGAAUCUCCCGGUGGGACCCCACCGGAACCCUCUUCAACCGGCCGCCGCCGCCACCCUCCGACCACUUCUUUUUCCGUUUCCCAAUUCUUCAUCCUUCCGAAAUGGUGAAAGUUUUGCCUGUUCACUUCGGAACCGUGAAAUCUAUCCCCAAAUUAGACGCUCGUUUUGAUCUUCCGGCGGCCAAGCUCACCGUCUCUGGUUUCAACAGGCUUCCUCUGUCCCAAAAGUUUCCGCCGCUUUCCUUGAAAGUUUCUGCGACUGGUGAGAAGAUUUCGGUGCUUGGGGAUUGGACCCAAGAGAGUUCCCUGCAGUUUCGCGAUGAAUCUCCUGUGUCGAUCGAGCUUAAGUCCAUUUGUAGUGAACUUGAGUUCGAUAAGGCUAUUACGGAUGCAGAGAAACGAAACGAGCCCGUGAUUAUUGUAUGGAUGGCAAACUGGUGCAGAAAUUAUAUAUAUCUAAAGCCCCAAUUGGAAAGAUUGGCUGCUGAUUAUUACCCCAGAUUGCAAUUCUACUGCAUUGAUGUCAAUAUGGUGCCUCACAAGCUAGUUGUUCGUGCAGGAUUAGCUAAGAUGCCAGCCAUACAGCUAUGGAAGGAUAGUAAGAAACAAGACGAGGUGAUUGGUCUCUACAAAGCAUAUUUAGUUGUCAACGACGUUCAGAAAAUGAUUGAGCGUGAGCUUACAGGCGAGUAACUUAUGAUUCAUUCUUACCCGCAUCGUCUUAUCCACUUUGUGGUAUUAGAAUUGAUUUGACAGCAUCUCACAGAAAUUCCUUUCUGCUUAUAUUCAUCAACAUAAAGAAGAAGGCCUGGCUUGCCCUCUUGCCAAGUUUUUUUCAUUACAGAUAUCAUUUCUUUGUUGUCAUAAGGUGGAUGAUCUAACAUGUAUGUCCAAUUCUUAACAAUAUAUGUAUUCGUUGUCACAUCAUGAGGAUGUCUUAUUUGAAAGGCUUUACCAGCGUUUUUACACCAUUCAUUUA